AUGCCGUCGACGCACAAAAAGGACAAACCAUGGGACACGGACGAUAUCGACAAAUGGAAGAUCGAGCCGUUCACCAAGGAACAAUCGUCAGGGCCGUUCCUGGAAGAAUCGUCGUUUAUGACUCUAUUCCCAAAAUACCGCGAGCGCUAUCUUAAGGAUUGUUGGCCCCUCGUCACCAAAGCUCUAGAGAAGCAUGGCAUCAGUGCGACGUUGGACCUUGUUGAGGGUUCAAUGACUGUGAAGACGACCAGAAAGACCUACGAUCCCGCUGCGAUCCUCAACGCUCGAGACCUGAUCAAACUUCUCGCACGGUCCGUCCCUGCGCCACAGGCCAUCAAAAUACUGGAGGAUGGGAUGGCAUGCGACAUUAUCAAAAUUCGGGGCAUGGUGCGGAACAAAGAGCGAUUCGUCAAGCGGAGACAACGGAUACUGGGCCAGAAUGGCACAACCUUGAAAGCACUAGAGCUGCUGACACAGACCUACAUUCUGGUGCACGGAAACACGGUUUCUGUCAUGGGGCCUUAUAAGGGGCUGAAGGAGGUCAGGAGGGUUGUCGAGGAUACGAUGCAAAAUAUUCACCCGAUUUACUUGAUCAAGGAGCUCAUGAUCAAGCGGGAGCUGGCCAAAGAUCCAGCGCUGGCGCACGAGGACUGGAGCCGAUACCUACCAAACUUCAAGAAGCGUACCUUGUCAAAGAGACGGAAGCCGUUCAAGGUUACAGACAAGAGCAAGAAACCCUACACGCCUUUCCCACCUGCGCCGGAAAAGAGCAAAGUGGAUAUGCAGAUCGAGAGUGGCGAGUACUUCCUCGGAAAGGAGGCAAAGCAGCGGGCGGCCGAGGCGGAGCGGGCAGAGAAGGCCAAGCAGAAGAAGGAGGAAAAGAAGCGGGAACGGGAACGCGAAUUUGUGCCACCGGAGGAAAGCAGCGGGAAGGCCAAAAAGAGGAAGACAUCACACGAGUGA